AUGGUUUUCACUAAGGCAACAUUCGCGUCAGCUUUUGUCUCCCUGCUGGCAUGUGCCGGCGCUGUGGAAGUGCCUAAGACUGAUUACGAGGUCAUCGUGGUCGGCGGUGGUCCUGCGGGUCUCAGUGCACUCAGUGGUGUCUCUCGUGUCCGCCGAACGGCUCUCUUGAUUGAUAGCCAGGAAUACCGCAAUGCUCCGACCCGGGAAAUGCACGAUGUCAUUGGCAACGAUGGUACCCCGCCCGCUACUUUCAGAGGUCUAGCUCGCGAACAGAUCUCGAAGUAUCCAACUGCUCACUUCAGCAACGAGACCGUGGAAUCAAUCGUUCCUUUCCCACAGGGAGACUUCUCUGCCUUUACGGUGACCGACGGUAAGGGUAAGAACUACACUGCCCGUAAAAUCGUGCUCGGUACCGGUGUCCGCGACGUUCUCCCCCCGACUCCUGGCCUGCAGGAGGGAUGGGGCCACGGUAUCUUCUGGUGCCCAUGGUGUGAUGGCUACGAGCAUAGAGAUCAGCCAUUUGGAAUGAUCGGUGAUAUCACCGAUAUGCUGAGCAACGUGUUGGAAACCCACACUCUGUACAGCGAUAUCAUUGCAUUUGUGAAUGGCUCGCAAACCGCGGAGGGCGAGGCCCGUGCAACCGCCAAGGUUGCAGACUGGAAAGAACAGCUUGCCGCUUGGAACACUACCAUCGACAACCGCACAAUCUCUUCUAUCGAGCGCCUCGAGGAUGGCGGCAACAACAGGGGCGAGAACGGUGAUCAGCAGUUCGACAAGUUCCGCCUUCACUUCACUACCGGCAAACCCGUCGAGCGCGACGCCUUGAUUGUCAACUUCCCCACUGAACAGACUUCGACGCUCCCGGCCAAGAUGGGCCUGGAAAUUGUCAAUAAUAAGAUCAAUGUUACCACCGCGAUGCGUACCAGUCAGGCAGGUGUCUUUGCCAUUGGUGAUGCCAACAGCGAUGGCAGCACCAAUGUGCCACAUGCGAUGUACUCUGGCAAGAAAGCCGCUGUGUAUUUGCACGUGGAACUGUCUCGCGAGGAGUCGAAGUCCAAGGUCUCGAAGCGUACCGGACUCUCUCACCGGGAGCUCGAGCAGGAAGCCGUUCGUGAAAUUGGCGACAACCUUGACCGAGAAUGGAAGCGCGCUCAGGAGUAA